CUAGAUCUUAAUGUUGUAGAUCUAGAUCUAGUCAUCUAGAUUCAUUCUAGAUAUAUUAAUAAUUAAUGACAUAUAGAUCUAUAUAAGUUGAUUAUAACUAGAAUUUACAACGCCUAGUCAAUUUUCGAAUUGACUCAGACGGCACACUCAGACAGUGAGACACUGUGACUGUGACAGUAGACUGUAGGUAGUGUCACAGAUGACUGACUAGUGACUAAAAAUAAAUAUAUGACUCUAUUAUAUAUGAGUAUUAUUAUAGUAUUAUGAGUGACUUGUUUACUUCUUGUUACUCUUGUAACUUUGUUGACUGAACAGUGAAAUGACUGUUAAUAGUGUCAGUGUCAAACAUAAGGUAGAGUUUAGCAGUGACUUCGUUGUCCAUCAUGAUCUCUAUAUGUAUGAGUGAUGAAUAUAUUGUUCAAAACUGUCACAUUGUUCACUUUGAAUGAGUUCUUAUCUGAGGAGGAAGACAACGAUGGACACUGUUACGUCUUUACUAGCAUAUUCAAACACAGAUUUUAAAGAAGAUGCAUCCACAUUUUUUACAAACCAUUUAGCAGCAAUAUUUAAAAAAAUUUCUUUAUUAUGGAAAAAGGCACCCAACCAUGAAGGUUGGGCUAUGGAGAAAUUGCUGGAGUUGUUUCAAGGAAAUAAUAUUGCUCAAAAUAAAGAUCUUUUGCAAAGUUUAGACUUCACACAUUUUUUAAAUAGUUUCUUUGAGGAUGACAACUUAAUAUACUACCCAGAUUUUGUCAUGAAUUGUGUAUCCUUCAUGGCUGCAGAUUUACUCAUGUCAGCAACAUGUCAAUCAGGAGAACUAGAAGAGGUUGCAUUUAAAAUCAUUAGAAGCCCUCUUCAGUACUGGAUGAUAAAUAAAGGACACAGAGUAGACGUGACAUUUACUUUGUAUAGAAAGUUUAUCAAAGAAAAAGUGAUGCUUCACUUAAAGCAUGUUAAUUUUGAUGUUGAUCAGGCCUUUGCACAUGCUUUAACAAGUUCUUACAAUUACACUCGAAAGUCAGCUGCUGAUUACUUUGUGGAUUUGGUUUAUUUGACUUUUCAACAUUCUCCUGAUGAAAUACUUUCUGUUGAGGAUAAGGCCAAGCUCAAAGACGUUAUCACUCAGCUUGUUGAGACAUUUCAUGCUGCCAUUCAUAGAAUGAUAGAGUUCUCUAGUGAUGAUCUCUGCCCAUCCAGCAUUAUCGCUAAUUAUUGCCAGUUACUGAGUCGAUGCGCACAAGUCAGUGAGAACUGGUGCAAAAACUUUGCAUCAACUUUAUUUUUUGAUUCACUUGUUGGUCUAAUGCAAAAAAUACCACAUGAAACUAUCAUUGAAACAACAGAUAUGUGCAGAGAUACCAUUCUUCUGCUUCUCAAACUUGCAGGCUACAGUGAUAGCUGUAAGGAACAGAAGCUACGAAAGCUGAGAACUUGUUUGCACGAAAUGAGCGUGAUCAACCAUUACAUGACUAGCUGUGAUGUAGUUUAUAUAGCUGGGCAGUUACUGUUUCAUAGUUGUGAAAAUGAUGGCAGUCUCUAUCUUGAGCUAUCAAUUUUACCCUUGCUUGUUGUUUUGGGUGUGAAACCUGAAGAAGUUGUCAAAUUCUGUCCAUCUUUUGUAGAGCUAAUAGAAAAGUACAUUGUAUCAGAGAAGAAAUCUAAGCCCUCAGGACUAAUUAAAGAAAGUAUAAAUAACUUAUUCAAGAUAACAGAGAAUGUGCAUCAGAUUAAACUACUAGGCUUGGAAGAAUACCUUCCUCUCCUCCAGUAUCUCUCACUGAAGACUCUACAGUGUCCAGCUCAAGCUCUUCCAUUGUUGAAUAACAACAUUGUUAGCAGCGAUAUGUCACUACAGUUUAUCUCUAUCCAGUGCAUCCUCUACAACAAAUGUCCAAAUCCUCGCAGAAUAUACGUAUUUCAAAACAUUCAAGUUUAUACAAGAGCAGUUAUCAACUUUAUUGGCAUUUCAUUUUGGCAAUUUGCUGCUGUAAUGGAUUUCUAUGUUACCACUGUGACCAGCCUCUGUCAGAAUGCAAUAGAAGAUCUGUCUUUAGAGAUUUUAAAUGAUGUCAUCAAGUGUCUUCAGUUAAAAAUGGUUUCUAUGGAUCCUAUUGUUAGAGAGACAGCAGUCAAAACAUGUGGAGAUUUGUAUUUGAUUAUAAGAGCUAAUAACUUAGAGUGUACAGAGAUGACAACAUCACUAAUGUCUGCCUGGAAGUCAUUAGAAGAUAAAACAGAGUCUGUGGCUUACCAAGUCCUUGAAGUUUUGUUGAAAAUACUAAAGGCUGAUUAUUUAGGACAUUUUUUAUCCUCAACUAAUUGCUCAAAGGAUGAGAUCAUCUGUAAGAUUAAAAAAAUUCUCCUUCAGCCUGAACUUGCAGGCCUACAUCCUGUGGCCUUUAACAUUCUCUCAAAACUCUACCCCAGCAACAUGCUAGUAAGAUAUGCUGAAGUUAGUUUGCAACAAACUAAUCACCUUUUAUCUUCGGAAGUAUUAGGAUACAUUCAUGUGUUGUUCACCAGCAUCCAGAAAGAUACAGAUUUGAAAGCUGCACUAGACUCUGUGAUGGAUUUAUUAACUCAAGGUUGGGGGGACCUGCUGCUCAGUAAGGUCUGCUCUCAGGAUGUAAGUAGCUAUAGGAUGGCGGUCUCAACCAUAGAGUCUCUAUUGGCUUUCAUGAAGAGUUCAGACAUUACUAUGCUGGUAAAUCAUAUAGGCUGCAGCAGUAAAAUUCAGUCUCACAGAUCAUCAAAUAGUUGCUCAGAGGUGAAUAAUUUAUUUCAUACAGUCUGUUGCAAAGUUAUGGAGGCACAAGGACUUUCAUUGGCACUAUCUUGUGAUCAAAUUAAUAACAAAGAAAUAGUUGAAGAACCUCUCCAUAAGAAAGCUAAGUUUGACAUAGGUGAAGAUUUUGACAUCUCUGAAGAGGUUUUGAAUUUUCUUUUUGAAUUUCUGGCCAAAGAUGCUCUCAAAUUAAUAGAUGAAAUAAGUAUUACAGCCAGAACUGAUAAUGACAACAGCUAUUUAGAUUCUACCAAAAAUCUUCCCCCUUAUGAAUUAAGUACUGCACUGUUCCCAUCACAGAAAUGUAUAUCAGUUUUGAUCUCCCAAGAAGAGAACAAUCCUAAAGCUACUAAGUUGAUAUUUUGGUUGGUUUUCAGAGAAAUCUUUAAGGUUGUGAACCCAUCCAGGUUGAACCAGGAAGCAUCAAGAAGCACAGAUGAAUAUGUUAGAAAUUCAUCUAUGGUGAUCCAUGAUGUGGAGGUUCUGUUGGACAAAAGUUUCAGAGUAGCCCAGUCAGAGCUAGAGCAUGAGUUCACUCAGCUUAUUAUGCAACAGAUUUCUGCCCUUCUGGUAUUGACAACAAAAGAGCAUGUCAAUCUUUGUCCCAUCCUAAAAGAAAUGUUCACCACCUGGCAAUGUGUCCAUGUACUGUCCACAGAGCGCACAAACAUUAUUACAUUUAUUUUGAUGAAGAGAAAAUCUCUCAUUAACCUUCCUCAAGUUGAUAGUAACAAAUAUGUUUUACAUACGUUCUCAGACUUAAUGAAAUCUUGUCAAAAUGGUUUCAUUCAUGAAAAUUCUUCACUUCAAUCAUUGUUAGAUAGUUACAUCAAAACUAAAAGAUUGCAAGCUUCUAAUGACACUGAAAUGAAUCAUAGUGAGAAUUCUUUGAUUGCCAGAACUAAUAAUGUUUCUGAUAGUGCCAUUAUUCAGAGGAUUUGUUCUAACAUUUCAGUCAGUUGUGAAGAUAUAGAUAAAGCAAAAAUGAUUGAAACACUUGAAGUUUUCCCAUCACAUCAACUGACGGAUUUGAAUGAAGCUUUGCUAGUAACUGAUAAUCAAACUAGAGAAGAGUUGAAAGAAAGUAUUGACAGUCUGGGCUUGGCUAAUCACAAUUUUGAACAACUAUUCAAAUGUUUCCUAAGUAUUUUAAAACAUUUAUUUUCUGCUCUUUUUCUUGAGAGAUCUAGGAAAGAUACAUUGUCAUUUCUGAGUAGCUACCUGACACUGCUAGAAGACUGGAUGAUAUCUGAUGAAUAUGACAAUGAUAAUGAUCCGUGUGCUUUAGAUUGUGUGUAACAUUAUAAGUCAGAUUCAUAUUAUAGUAAAUGUUAAAGUGUCUCUGGUGAACCAAAUUUGUUUUUUUAAUAAAAAAAAAAAAUCAAAGCUAAUAAAAAAACAAACU